AUGGCCGGCAGAAAAUUUCCCAACAAUUUCAAUGCUCAUCCAAAUAUUCCAGGAAAGCGUACCAUUAGAUACGACGAAUAUGAGACUUACAAUCCAGAGCCUCGGUACAAUCCAAUGACCACUCAACCUGCCAACAUACAGCACAAUUCACCAGGUAAUGCAGAGCUAACAGCAAAAACAGCUCCUCUGACAGAACGAAAUCUGGCUAUACAGAGAGCAGUGCAACGCGCAGCACACUGGCGAGAAACCCAACUGGCUCAGCAGCAGUCGGGGCAAGCUGGAACCCAACCCACCGAGCCAAUGAGACAUGCUGACUAUGUCGCAUACAUGAACAAUCAAGGUCGGUUUCCCACGGAGCCAGACUCGAUUUCGUUCAAUUUUGCUCCUAAUAAUCCUAAUUCUCUUACGAGUUAUACGAAUACAACUAACUCCGGCACCGCCGAGUCCGAGGGUUCUGACACUGUCGUGGACCCUAAUGUCUCUAGGUCCAUUUCAUCUGACGUAUCUAACUCCGCCGGAGGCUCUUCUAUCAGCUCCGAGACUUCCAUUGACCCCUUGCUAUACAAUAGAGCUCUCUGGGACUUAUUGAGGGCCGAAGAAGCUUAUAAAGCGUCUAGAGCUCGUGCUAUUGCUUCGGGCGUUGUGGUACAGGGCGGAAUUCCUGGGCCUGAUACCCACGGAACUUCUACCAGUGGGUAUACGACUGGUUCAGAACGACCACAAUUUAAGACUGUCGUCUGGGGUGAAAGGACUGAUGUCCCACCUGAUGAUGAGAGCCUUAUAUCGCCACACACACAGAAGCGAUAUCUACCGAAGAGGUCCUAGGAUAUCUCGAUGUGAAUUUUAAUUUUUACUGUUCUGAGGGAUACAGGUAACCACCAAUGCUGCCUCAAUACUAACGACACUCACUGAAGUUACUAUCGAGAACUAAUAUAAGUUGUUUUCUGAUCGUUAUU